AUGCACGUGCAGCGUCUUGCGAAAUGGUUCCAGACCAUGUCCCCCAAGGAGAAGGCCAAGAUCGUCAAAGACGUCUCCCAGCUAGUCCUGGCCAGGCGAACCCGCAUGUGCAACUUCCUCGAGUAUAAGGACACAAAGAUCGUCUACCGCCGAUACGCCUCUCUAUUCUUCAUCGCCGGCGCCUCCUCCGACGACAACGAGCUCAUCACGCUCGAGGUCAUCCACCGCUACGUCGAGCAGAUGGACAAGUACUACGGCAACGUGUGCGAGCUCGAUAUCAUCUUCUCCUUCACAAAGGCCUACUGGAUACUCGACGAGCUCCUGCUGGCCGGUGAGCUGCAGGAGAGCAGUAAGAAGACCGUGUUACGAUGUAUUGCGCAGCAGGACUCGUUGGAGGACAUGGAGGUCGAGGACGAAGUGACCAAGAUCAUGUAA